CCUUUGGGCCACUGUGAAUAGUGCUGCAAUGGACAUUGGUGUACAAGACUCUGAGUUUCUCCUUUCAGGUCUUUUGGGUAUAUCUGCAAGAGUGGAAUUGCUGGGCCAUAUGGUAGUUCUGUUUUUAGUUUUUUGAGGAACCAAGCUUGUCUUUUAAAGGCAUGAUCAGAUUAUGGGAUUUCCCUGCUUCAAACCCUGUCAUGACUUCUCGUCACAUUCAGAAUAAAAUCUAGAUUCCUUCCCAGGGCCCAAAGGAUUCUACAUGCUAUGGCCCCUACUUCCCUUUCUACCCUCCUCUCCUCCGUUCUCUCCCAUGCUGAGUCCUGUUUAGCCACACCGGCUUUCCUAUUGUUUCUUAAACUCGCCAAGCUCGUUCCUUCCUUCCCACUUCCUCUGCCUGGCACACUUUUGCACCACCUCUUCACAUCACCAAACUUCCUCUCUCCUUUCAGGUUGCUCUUUGAACACCACUUUCUCAUAGAGGCUUUCCACAACCACCUUAUUGUCUAAAAUAGGUUCGCUCCCAAACCAAUCACUGUUCUAUUACCUUUAUUUAGUUUUCUUCAAAACAUGUAUCACUUCCUGAUGUUUUAUUCAUUACUUGAUUUCUUUGAAAUCUGACUCUCCCAAUAGAACGUAAGCGCCACGGGAACACAGGAUUCUAUCUUAUUGACCAGUAUAUCCCCAGCACCUACAGCAGUGCUUAGUCCACAACAGGCACAUGAUACGUGUCUAUCGAAGGUCUGAGUGAUGAAUAAUUCCCUCCACCUGGAGACCUGUGUUUUGUAAAACUGUAUCAAGUGAUUAUGGCCGGUCUCCUCUCAGUGUGAACCAGUGAGCUAUAAAAAUGUUAGAAAUAUGUCCUCGUCCAGUACCUUUUAGAAAUACGUCCUAGUCCAGUACCUGUGCUUAAGCAUUAGAUAAAAAUUAACUACAGUUAUUACAGAACCAGUUUGUCAUAUGUUACCCAAGCCACAGACCUUCAGACUAGUUCCCCUGGACCCGGGUCAUCCAGGAUAGUGAUGAGUUUAUCAGACCAGAUUACAUUCCCUGCAACGUCUGGAGCAUGGUUCCUCUCUGGUUGAACACAGGGUAUUCCUGGAAACUUGAAAUGUAUUUCCAUUCCUCAUACCUUUUUCAUCUUUCCCCCUUUGUUUUUUUCUUAGUUCCCUCAAUUGCAUAUCUACCCACAAGCCCUGUAGAAUAUAAUCCAGAUUUUGGAUCCAAGAUUCUACUCAUUUAACCGUUUGGAGUGUCUUAGUUAUCUAGUGCUACAAGAGUACCACAGUGGGUGGCAUUAAGAAAACAUAUUUAUUUUCUCAUAUUUCAGGAGGGUAGAAGUCUGAAAUCCCGGUGCCGGAUCUAGGGGAAUGCUCUCUCUGUUUUUGUCGGCUCUGUGGGAAGGUCCUUGUUUCUUUUCAGCUUCUGAUCCUUGGCUCCUCGGUAAUCUUCAUAUGGCUUGGCAUCUAUCUUUCCCCAUCUCUGCUUGCUUCUCUAUGUCUAAUCUGCUCUUUUUAUAUCUCAAAACGUGAUUGGCCUAAAACACAGCCUACACUGAUAAGGCCUCUUAACAUAACAAAGAAAACCAUUCCCAAAUGGGAUUAUAAGCACAGGUAUAGGGGUUAGGAUUUACAACACAUAUUUUUUUGGGGGGGGGCACAAUUCAAUCCAUAACAUGAAGUGAAACAAAAAGUGAAAGAAUUAUUCACUCCUUUUGAAAUAGUCUGGAAUUACUGGACCAAUUAAUUUAGGAUGGCUGUUCAUGACCUCAAGGUUUUCUUAUCAGAACAUUAAUUUUCCACCCAAAACCUAAAGUGAUCUGUUUAGAGCAAGGGAAGAACCAUGGGUCUAAGGUCUGUAAGUGUUCCAAGAUAAUACUGCAUAGCUUUCUACAGGUAAGUGGGUAGAGGGAAAAUACUCCCUUAUAGGAACCUUUACAGGGGCUUAGAAUUUUAAAGUUCUAGUUCUGUAUUUGUUUUCGUUGACAUUUCUGUUGAGACAGUUGUAGAUUCACAUGCAGAUUUAAAACAUAAUACAUAGAGACCCAUGUACACUUCACCCAGUUUCCUCCAAUGCUAGCAGAAUAUCACAACCAGGAUAUUGAAAUUGAUACAGUCCUCCAGUCUUAUUUAGAAUUCCCCAGUUUUACUUGUACUCAUUUCUGCAUGUACGUAUGAAUUUAGUCUGUUCAAUUUCAACACGUGUGGACAUUUGUGUAUCCACCACCACCAUCAAGAUACUGAACUGUCCCAUUUCCACAAGCAUCCCUCCUGGUGCCCUUUUAGAACCACGUACACUUCCCUAUCACACGCUCCUUCCAGUCCUGUCACUAACCCAUACCAACCACUAAUAUUCUAUAUUUCUAAAAUGUUUGCCAUUUCAAAACUGUUACAUAAAUGGAAUCAUAGAAUGUAUACCUUUUGGGGUUGGCUUUUUUUCAUUCAGCCUAAUUCCUUGGAGAUUCAUCCAAGUUGGUACAGAUAUCAAUAGUUCAUUCCUUUUAAUUACUGAGUAAUAUUCCAUGCUGUAAGUGUAACACAGAUUGUUUAAAGAUACACUCCUUGAAGGAUACCUGUGCUCUCUCCAGGUUUUGGCUAUUAUGAAUAAAGUUGCUGUCAACAUUUGUGUACAGUUUUUAUGUAAACAAGCUUUUCAUUUCUCUGGGAUAAAUACACAAGAGUGUGCUUGCUGGUUCAUAUGUUAAUUGCAUCUUAGUUUUAUAAGAAGCUGCCAAACUGUUUCCAGAGUGUCUGUGCCACCUGACAUUCUCAUCGUCAAUGUAUGAUUGAUUGAUCCAAUUUCUCCACACCCAAGUCAACAUUUUAUAUCUGUCUUUUUGAUUAUAACCAUCUUAGUUGGAGCCCAGGUGGUGCCGUGGUUAAGAGCUUAGCUGCUUACCAAGAGGUCAGCAGUUCAAAUCCACCAGCUGCUCUUUGGAAAGCCUUUUGGGCAGUUGUGUUCUGUCCUAUAGGUUCGCUAUGAGUCUAAAUCAACUCAGUGGCAACGGGUUUGGUUUUUUGUUUUGUUUUGUUUUGUUUUGUUUUUUUGGUUAGUGGGUGUGAAGUGGUAGCUCAUUAUGUUUUUGAUUUGCUUUUCCGUAAUGGCAAACGAUGUUCUACAUCUUUUCAUGUGCUUAUUUGCUUCCUGUAUAUCCUUUCCAGUGAAAUGUCUUUUGACCAUGUUCUACUUGGAUUGUUUGUCUUUUACUAUUGAGUUUCGAUAGUUUCAAAAUAUAUUUCAGAUACUACUCCUUUGUCGGAUAUGUGGUUUGGAUAUUGUUUCUCCCAGUAGACUUUUUUUGACCCUCUUCUCAGGGGCUUCUGCAGAGCAAAAUUCUUUAAUAUUGAUGACGCCAGGUUUUAAUCUUUUCCUACAUAGAUCAUGCUUUUGGUGUCAAGCCUAAGAUUUCUGUGCCUACAUCUAGAUCUUGAAGAUUUUCUCCUAUUUUUUUUCUAAAAGUUUAGUAGUAGUUUGACAUUUUACGUUCAAGUCUAUGAGCCAUUUUGAGUUAAUUAUUAUAUAAGAUGUCAUGUUUAGGUUAUAGUGCAUUUUUUUUUUGGCCUAUGGAUAUUCCGUUGUUCAGCACCAUUUGUUGAAAAGGAUAUCCUUUCUUAAAUGAAUUGCUUUUGGGCUUUUGUCAGAGAUCAGUUGGGCAUAUUUGUGUGCAUCUGUUCCUGACUUCUCUGUUCUGUUCCACUGGUCUGUUUAUCCCUCCAUCAAUACCACACUGACUUGAUUAUUGUAGGUAUACAAUAAGCCUUAAUAUCAGGAAGACUGAUACUUGGCACUUUAUUCUUGGUCAGGAUCGUUUUAGCUAUUUUAGGACUGGUACUUUUUCAUAUAGAGGAGCCCUGGUGGUACAGCGGUUAAAGUGUUUCACUGCUCACUGAAGGUGGGCAGUUUGAACUCACCAGCCACUCCAUGGAAGAAAGAUGUGGCAGCCUGCUUCCAUAAAGAUUUAUAGCCUUGGAAAGUCGCUGGGGAGUUCUUUUCCUAUAAAUUUCAGAAUAAGCUUAUCUAUGUCUACAAGAAACUUUUUUUGUGAUUUUAUGGUAGGAAUUACAUUAAACCUAUGUGUCAAAUUGAGAAUCAACAUCUUUACUACGUUGACUUCUAAUCCAUGAGCACUGUAUGAUUCUCCAUUUAUUUAGGUCUUCUUUGAUUUAGUUUAUCAGUUUUUUAAAUUAAAAAAAAAUUUCCAGCAUACAGAUCCUCUACGUGUCUUGUUAAAAGUAUGCCUAAGCAUUUCAUUUUCAUCUGAGUGAUUAUAAAUAGUAUGUCAUUUUUAAUGUCGGUUUCCACAUGUUCAUUGUUGGUAUGCAGGAACGCCAGCGAUGAUUGUGUUUUAAUAUUGUAUCCUGUGAUCUUAUGGAACUUAUUUAUUUGUUCUAGGAGUUUUUAGUAAUUUUUUGGAAUUUUCUCCAUAGACAGUCACAUUAUCUGCAAUGCCUUGUAUUUCUUUCUCAUAUUAUUGCAGUGGUUCAGGCUUGGAGUACUCGCCUUGUUCCCACAAUCAUAGCAGUUACUCACCCAGUCUUUCAACAUUACAUAUGCUGUUAUCUGUAUUAUUUUUAUGUUCUUCAUCAAGUUGGUAUAAUUCCCUCUAUUCCUAACUUGCUGAGAGAUUUUAUCAUGAAUCAAUGUGGAAUUUUGUGAAAUGCUUUUUUUGCACAAAUUAAUAUGAGCAUAUUUUUCUUCGUUGGCUUGUUAAUAUACCAGUUUACAUUGAUUGAUUUUUAAAUAUUGAACCAGCCUUAUAUUUCUGCAAUAAAUCCCACUUGACCGUGGCAUAUAAUUCUUCUUACAAAUUUUGUUUUCGUUUUGCCAGUAUUUUGUUGAUCUAAGUUAAAGUGAGAUAUUGGUCUGUCGUUUUCUUUUUUGGUACUGUCUUUGUCUGGUUUUGCAGUAUGGGUGAUUCUAUAUACCGUGGACUGCCAAAAGAACAAAGAAAUCUGCCUUGGAAGAAGCACAUCCAGAAUGCUCUUUGGAAGCCAGGAUGGCAAGACUUUGUCUCACAAAGUUUGGAUGUGUAAUCAGGAGGGAUCAGUCCCUGGAGGAGGAUUUCAUGCUUGGUAAAGUAGAGGGUCAGCGAAAAAGAGGAAGACCCUCAAGGAGAUGGAUUGACACGGUGACUGCAGCAAUGGGCUCAAGCAUAACAACCAUCACGAGGAUAGUACAGGGCCAAAAGUUUUUUCAUUCUGUUGUAUGUAGAAUUGCUGUGAGUCGGAACCAGCUGGAUGGCUCCUAACAACAACAGCAACAACAAGGAGUCUCUGGGUGUUGCAAAUGGUUGAUGCAUUCACCUGCUUACCGGAUAUUGUCAGAGGGACUCCAUUUGGUUCGGGGGAGAAUGAGCCUUCCUGGGCUGCCAUCUAUUUCUAGUUUGGGGUUGGGAAAUACUCGACCUGGGUCACCGUUUUUUGGGCGCUGUUGUAUCGUUCCUCCAGUCCUGGAGUUCCAAUCCAGGUUGUCUAAUUCUUACCACUUUUCAGAGUUCCCUUUUUGUUGUCUCUCAUGUUAUUCCCCGGGUUUGUACUUGUGCUCAGUUGGAAAGAGUAGGGAGAAACGGUUCUAUACCAUUUGUCCAGGACAGACCAGAAAUAUUUUGUUCCUGUAUUUUUUUAAUUCCAUCGUUAUUGAAUAUUCUCUCCAUUCCUGUGGUUUUCUUGCUCUGGGAUACAGACGACUGAUUCUUGCGUUUAUUUCGAGAGGAUUAAGUCUCAAAAACGACAGUGGAAAUGAUCAGCCCGUGUUUCCUUAUGAGUUAGAAAUACAAGCACCAGGAGGCAAAGUAUCAAGAAAAGCCAGAGUGAAAGUUCCCCAGAAAAUAACAGGCACAGAAAAUCGUGGUGGUACACACAGGGUAAGGAAACGGCAUCAAAAUUUUCCAGGGAAGAAAAGAAAGAAACAUUCAACAUGUAAACAAGAGCUGCCAAAAUGUAUGGAUCUUCAUAGGAAAGACCACACAGGGGAGAAACCUUUCAAAUGUCAGGAAUGUGGGAAAAGCUUUAGAGUGAGUUCUGACCUUAUUAAACACCAGAGAAUUCACACUGAAGAGAAACCCUACAAAUGUCAACAAUGUGAUAGGAGAUUUAGAUGGAGUUCAGAUCUUAAUAAACAUCUAAUGACACACCAAGGAAUAAAACCCCAUAAAUGUUCGUGGUGUGGGAAAAGCUUCAGUCAUAACACAAAUCUCCACACACACCAAAGAAUCCACACAGGAGAGAAACCCUUUAAAUGUCAUGAAUGUGGAAAAAGAUUCAUUCAGAACUCCCAUCUUAUUAAACACCAGAGAACCCACACAGGUGAGCAGCCCUAUACUUGUAUCAUAUGCAAGAGAAACUUUAGCAGGCGGUCAAGCCUUCUUAGACACCAGAAACUCCACAGGGCAAGGGAAGUUGGUCCUGUGUCCCCAGUCUGAAUGAAGUCACUAUAUUGAGCCUGACCCUAGAGAGCGUAAAAGAACAUAAAAUCAUAAAUCACCAAUGAUAGGAAUCUCAUCAAUGAGAAAUUUGGGAGGUGCCCAUGCCAUGCUUCACAGAAAGGAAUACACGUUGCCUGUCUUGUCCAGUGUUAUAUCUUCAGUGCCUAGCACAAAUUGACAUAUAGGGAGUACCUUAUCAACAACAUAAUGAAAAUAUAUCAAGUGUAUCUAUUUAUCAUCGCCAUCUAUCCAUCUACCUGGGUUCCUUGGAUCUUUCUCAGACUCAGUGACCUACUGUCUUCAGGUAUCAGGCACUUGGCAAAUAUAUGAUGGUCCCGAGUCCUGGUCUCAUUCUUUACUGGUAGAGAUGGAAGAGAAAUAUAUAGUUCCCCAAAAAGAGAAAAUUACUUAGUUGGGAGUGCUUUUAUGGCUAUUGUUCUAUGUGGAGGAACAUCCAAGCCCAGUGUGUGGGGAGCUUUACCCUGGUACGGAAAGAGAGGAUUUAAUGUGUGCUCCAGGAGAAGCACCUCCAUUCUAGUUGCUACUCCCCUCAGAAGCCACUGCCACAAUGUCAUCUGUCCAGCAAUUCUAAGCAGCAAGGGCCUGAAUGCCAACACAGACCUUUGGGCCUUGCAAGCACAAAACAUCUGUCCUCUUGCUGGUCCUCUCAACACUGGCAAAGCCUUCCUCUAGAAGGGGCCUUUAAAAUCUGGUGUGAUCAGUGGGUACCAAGCUGGUCCUUAGAAAAGGCUGUUUGUGAGCUGUUAAGAGGCAUGCUAAGAAAAAAUGAAUUCUUAAUCCAGGUGAAGUUGGGAUCAGUGCGUUAGAUAAAAUCAGUGUUUCAUUACUAGAGGGCUUCUCAGAGCAUUUAUAUGUAACUGCACAAUGUGCAACUAGGGGAGUCAAGGGAGAGGGGUAUGAGGAUGCAGUGUUUUCCAGCAUUAUUUAGCCAUAGGAGCCUUUCUGGUGAGUAUGUUUGUCACGCCUAACAUAUCUGAGAACAGUGUUGUGCAACACCCAUUCGGGAAUCACUGACCUAGUUAAACCUUUCACCAUUAUAGGAACCUGAGGCCCAGAGAGGUUACCUGACUUGGUAGAACAAAAAUCAGUUCUCGCAUCCCCAUAUUCACACUGAAAUGCCCUUUCCUCCACACUGCGUGGCUUCUAGGGUAGAAGGAGGGCCAUAUCAUUAGACGUAUUAGGAAGCUGAAGAGUAAGAACUUAUGGCUGGGCAUUGGUGGCAGAGCAAAAGUUGUCGCUGAGUGUCCUCAAGUCAAUUUCCAUUCAUUGUGACCCCUUGUGACAGAGUAGAACUGCCCCAUAGGGUUUCUUAGGCUGUAAUCUUUAGGGGAACAGAUUACCAGCUCUUUCUCCUGCAGAGCCACCGGAUGGGUUUGAACCGCCAACCUUUCACUUAUCAACCGAAUACUUAACCAUUGUGCCACCGGGGCUUCACAGAGCAAGAGUAACCAAAGAACACCAAAUCCGUUGCCAUUGAGUCGAUUCCAACUCAGCGACCCUAUGGGAUGGAGCAGAACUGCCCCAUAGGGCUUCCAGUGACCAGCUGCUGGAUUUGAACUGCUGACCUUUUGGUGAGCAGCCGAGCUCUUAACCACUGUGCCAUCAGGGGUCAAGAGCAGAAGU